AUGUGCGAACGCAAUCUUCUCAGUUCUGGCUAUGUUGGUCCUCUGCUAAAUUGUCCUUCUUCGGAAUCAUUAUAUUUCCCAAAUUUACGGAGCAAUGGAGCCCAUCUUUCCGGACUUCCUCAGAUUUCCUACAGCAGAAGAGAGGUGUGCUCGUUCCCGUGGACUUCCCCAAGUUCGUGCACGGCCCCACCACAGAGCCGCGCCUUCACUGGCUAUUCUCAGCCGUUUCUGACAGACUCAGUGCCUCAAAAUGCAAAUCCAAACUACAAUAAAGGAUCAUCAGAGGACAUUAUUAGGUAUCAUUUUCAGAAUGCACAUCCAAAAAGCGGGGAACCACAUAGAGACGAGGCAUCGUUCGUGGGCGAACAUGGAAUUGCACACUCUGUUAGUUCUAGCAAGUACGAGUUAUCUAACUUGGACAGACGGUCACAGAACUCUGCUGCACACACCGAACUGACAAGUAUGCAAGUAGCUAGCGAUGGUGUGAGGCAAUCGGUCAACUCACUUGUCCAAAUGCAACCAUCCUCAAGUAACACAGCACCUAGAGCAUCAUUCUCUGAUGGUGUGCCUUGGUGUCCAUCACAAGUGAGACAGAGGAAAAAAAGGAAACCCUAUACAAAACCGCAGCUGGCUGAACUUGAGAGUGAAUUUUUGUUACAUGAAUUCAUAAACCGACAGAAACGAAAGGAACUCUCGGAUAGGUUGGAUUUGAGUGACCAACAAGUUAAAAUCUGGUUCCAAAAUCGUAGAAUGAAAAAGAAGAGACUUUUGAUGCGUGACCAUGCCUUUGCAAUAUACUGACGGCAGCGGCCUGUAGGUAGACUUCCGACUGACGCAAAGGUCACGGGCAAGCGGAUCAGACAUCAACCAUGCAUGGAAGAAACCAACAUUCUGAGAUUAUUUAAUUCAUUUAUGAUAUUGACAAUGUUGUAUUUAUUUUCCAGGAUUGCUGUUUCUCAAACUCUGUUUGCAAACGUAAAGAAACAUCUAAUCUGUGAUGCCAGGGAGUACUAAUGGCAGUUUCAGUGUGCAAUCCAGUAUGCUCUCAUCAAGUUAUUCAUCAAGUUAUUGGCUAAAUUUACGGCGGGUUUGUGUAAAAUGUCCGGGUUUCUUUUUCAACACCAGGGUAUAUUCUACGAGCAUUCAGAGUUUGGGAAGAGAGUAUGACGUUUGUAGUUACGGGAGGUGAAAUGAGUUAUUAAAACUCAAAACAGUCCAAUCUUAUGUAACUUUGUAACAGUUUUGGUCAUUUAAAACCUUUUUGAAGACAUACUUCAAACCACUACACAUACAUGUAGCAAUAUGACAUUUAGGACGGUCUGCAAAACGUAAUGUGCGCUACAGCUUCAAAAACAGCUUCAAAAACGUAACAUGUUUUGGCACAGCAUGCUAUUUAAUUACAAUAGUUUGGCUAUUUUGAUUAAAUGUGUUAAUUUAUUUUUACAAACGACCUGCUGGUGAAAAUGAAAUGUAACCACCUGAAGAAAGAUACAAACACUGAAUAUAUGGAUUUUAGCCUGGGGUCUUUAGUCUAAAUCGUGGAAAGUAUCUUAAUUGUCCAUUAUCUGGUGUAUUAAUGUAAUUGAAGAAUUUAAUUCUGUAUUAAAUCAUU